AUGCGUUUAUUAUUACUCUGUUUUGUUAUUACCAUUAUUCUAUCAGCCAUCAAUGCAACAGACGAUAUACGACAACGAUUUGAAGGACUUGUAGGUAAAACUGUUCAAGCUGCAUGGCAAAAAAUCGAUCGUGAAGCACCAGGUAAACCAAUAGAAAUAAUGCGACUACGUUCUCCGCAAUCAAAAAAAGCAAUAACUCCAGGUUAUGUACGCGUUAUUCUUAAUGAUCGAACUGGUCGUGUGCUUUAUACACCUAUAUUACAACCAAAUUAA